GAGGGGCAUAAGAAGUCAAACUUUUGAUUCUUAGAGGGUUACUCUGAUUACUGGCUACAAGGAAUGUCAGAAAUUAUAUGCUUCAGCUGAGGGGAGAAAAGCUGCUUCUGGCGUGGCCUGGAGUUAACGUGAGGCUGGUUAAGCAGGAUGAUUGAUUGGUGCAGAGGCCAUAUGCAUACAAAUAGACCCGGUCCAUGGGUGGAAAACAGAAGAUUGAAUUUGGGAAUUAUGCAAAUUAGGGCUAUGUGUUUAUCUGACUACACUGUGGAUAUAGAAUGUUUCUCCUACUGGUAUUAAAAAGAGGCCUACCUGUGUGAUGGACGUCCUGAUGACCGUGGUUACAGAGCGCUUAUGAUCACACAGACGAAUCCAGAUGGGGUGCAGGUGCUGUAAAAUGAUACAAAGCUAUCUCUUCGACCCCGUGCAAGUGCCCUCCCCUGGCUUUGUCAACGAAGCAAGCAGCUACAAGCUGGACGCCGAGGACACAGUGCGGUUAAAGGACAAAUGGAGCAGUGAGGGCCUGGAGCGCACGCAGGGCCUGCACAACGAGGGCGUGCGGAGGACCGGGAGCCGCAGCCCCGCGGCCAGUCCCCCGGAGCCCCGCAGCCCGCACCCAGGAGCUCCCCCUCAGGGGGGCCCAGCGGGGCACCACUGGGGGCUGAAGGCGGCUGAUGGCGUCAACGGGGUUGGCCCCGCAGCCACCCUGCAGCCGUCUGGGGAUCCCUGGGUCGCGCCCCAGGGCAGAGGCUCCCUGGCCAGUAGCGCCCACGAUGUCCAUCCGGCUUUGCUGGCCCUUGAAGGAGGGGACGCGUGGAGUGACACAUGGCCGGCUUCGGAAGAGCCUCCUGUCACCGCCAGCGGAGACGCCAGAGCCCCCUCGGAGAUGGACAGUCCCGCCGGGGACGCGGACCUGCCCGACCACGUCUUCCAGUUACCGGCCCCCGAUUACCCUCCACUGGAAUCCUCGGCCCCAGCCAUCGCGGACCGCGAAGAAAGCGGCUGUCUUUUGGGGGACCACACGACGCAAGACCCCGCUAUGGAGGGCCAGCUGGAGAGAAGAUGUCCUCGGGUCCUGGCCGCGCCCGGGAGGAAAGAAAGCUGCGACCCCUGUCCCCAGCCCGCGGGCCCCAGGGUGGCAAGGCUGUGCUUCGGGGAGGACAGGCCUGCCUGCGCCCCGCCUGCGUCUGCGGGCCGUCAAGGACCCGGGCGGGAGGGUGUCGGCGGAGGUGACAUGGGGGACCUGGGGGACGAGGAUGCAGCAGUGGCUGAAGCCCUGGCGGCUCUAGAAGCUGCCACAGCGGGAGAGGACCUGGAGGAGGCGGAUUAGGGCA